GUGCUCGCAGGAUAGCUAAUGCUGUAGCCGCAUCCCGGCCACUCUUAAGCGUCACAUUCGGCGUUGCUGUGUUGCAGGAGUCUGUGCAUUGCGAAACCCACGACAAAACUCUUGAAGGUGUCUGUCUCUUUCCCUUGCGUAAAAAACAAAAACAAAACCGUUUCUCUUGCGAAAGGGUCGUUUUAGUUUGUGCAUCCAGACUGCGCACCUGCAUCAAAUCUAUUGAGAGGCGGGUGAAGACGGGAGUAUUGACUCUUUUUUUAUUUUAGUAAUAUUUCGCACUUUUCACACACAUUUUGAUAUCCGUCGAGAGGUUUUGGAGAGCACUCCGAUACAGUCAGACCGAGGGCUGCACGCGCCGCUCUGGCAGUCGGUGCGAAGUGUUUCUCAAUAUGCGACCGUCGCUCAGUGAACAUAAACCGUCAGCCGCGGCAGCAUCAGUCCCGGGAACGGAUUGCAGUAUGUGCAGUACCUUUGCUCUUCAGAGAUUGUAGAAAACAAGGAAGAAAGCCAACAUGUUACUGGAUAAAUCCAAUAAUAUAAGCUCGGGGUGAGGGUUAAGGAACGGACAUCUUCCAAAGCAAGUUUGUUUCAUACUUUUUGUAUAUAUUUAAUGUAUAUCUUCUAAUUAAAUGUGUGUGGAAUCGGAGCAAAUAUGACUGUGGUCAUUUGCCGCUACCGGAGCUAAGACUCCGUUCACCAGUUUACUUCUUUAUCUGUUUUCCGGCAAAGCGUCAUAUUCGGCGGAGUAUGGCUCUGGAAGAUAAACGUGGGAAAGCCUUAUCUUUCACACAGAUGGGAAUAGAGGAGAACUCGAUGAGAAACGGGAGAGGCCUCUCUGAUCAAUGGGCCGACAGUGUGGUGGUUCGUCCCAGGACAACCGAACGACACAUCACCGUGCACAAAAGACUUGUCCUGGGUUUCGCCAUCUCUAUCCUAACACUUAUCGUUGUCACCAUCAUCGCGGUGUUGUUCGGCGUCAGGUUCGAAGAGUGCGCAGGGGAGAGCAACUCGCGCGUUUCCAAUGAGUCUGCUACCAAGCUCAACCAGUCUCGGGAAGCUAAUUUUAAUCACAGGGAUGAAGACGUCCAACCUUGGCGACAACUGAGAUUACCCACGUCUUUGCGGCCACGGAACUACGAUUUGAAGCUUUCGGUGUACAUGGACAACUUCACUUUUUCCGGCGAAGUUAACAUUGAAGUCGAGUGCGUGAAGUCCACGAAGUUUAUCGUCCUGCACGCGGACAGGCUGGAUGUAGAAAAGGCGGUGGUGUAUUCGGAUAACAAAAAACCUGCCAUAAGGAUUCACCGCCAGUUUCAUUAUCCAUCAAACCAAGUUUAUGUCAUCGCCUUGCACAGGGAGUUAAAGCCACUAAGAACGUACAAAAUUAACAUUACAUUCGAAGCCCAAAUUGAAAACGAACUUUUGGGAUUUUUCCGGAGCUCGUAUGUUCUGCACGGAGAAAGAAGGUACCUGGCGGUGACCCAGUUCUCCCCCACCCACGCCCGCAAGGCUUUCCCCUGUUUCGACGAGCCUGUGUACAAGGCCAUCUUCAAAGUGAGCCUGAGGCACGAGGGGGGGCACCUGUCCCUCUCCAACAUGCCCGUGGAGCUCUCCGUGCCCGAGGAGGACGGCUGGGUCACCAACCACUUCUUUCGCACCCCCCGCAUGUCCACCUACUACCUCGCCUGGGCGGUGUGCAAUUUCACCUACAGAGAAGCCUUCACCGAGAGCGGCGUGGUGAUACGCCUGUAUGCCAGACCGAAUGCCAUCGACAGAGGGCUGGGGGACUACGCCUUGAAUAUCACUAAGAAGCUCCUGCAGUUUUAUGAAGACUACUUCAAAGUUAAAUACUCCCUGCCCAAAUUAGACCUCCUGGCUGUGCCAAAACACCCGUAUGCUGCCAUGGAGAACUGGGGGCUGAGCGUCUUCGUGGAGCAGAAGAUCCUGCUGGACCCGGAGGUGUCCUCCAUCUCCUACCUGAUGGAGCUCACCAUGGUUGUGGUCCACGAGAUAUGCCACCAGUGGUUUGGGGACCUGGUGACCCCGGUGUGGUGGGAAGACGUCUGGCUGAAGGAGGGCUUCGCCCAUUUCUUUGAGUACGUGGGGACCGACUUCCUCUUCCCCAAGUGGAACAUGGAGAAGCAGCGCUUCCUGACGGAUGUCCUCCACGAGGUGAUGCUGCUGGACGGGCUGGCCAGCUCCCACCCCAUCUCCCAGGAGGUGUUCCAGGCCACGGACAUCGACCGGGUGUUCGACUGGAUCGCGUAUAAAAAGGGUGCCUCCCUUAUCCGGAUGCUGGCGAGCGUCAUGGGCCAGUCAGUGUUCCAGAGGGGCUUAAAUGACUAUCUGCUGACUCACAUGUAUGGCAACGCUGCUCGGGACGACCUGUGGAACAAGCUCUCGGAGGCCAUGCAGAGAGAAGGAAGUGACAUCAACAUUAAGGAGGUGAUGAGUGGCUGGACGCUGCAGAUGGGUUACCCGGUGGUCACCAUCAGUAAGAACGACAGCCUGGACGGCGCCGUGACCAUCGCCCAGGAGCACUUCGUCUACAACGUGGACACCAAGAUCAGGGAGCCGCAGCUGUCCAACCUGAGCUUCCAGUGGCAAAUCCCACUGACGCUUUCCGUAGGAAAUUUGACUCGCAUAUCGCCAGAAUCGGUCAUUUGGGUUACCAACAGAACAGAGACGCACAAGCUCCACCCGAUGGGCGAGGAGACAUGGCUCCUGGGGAACAUCAAUCAGACGGGCUACUUCAGAGUCAAUUAUGACCUGCAGAACUGGAAGCUUCUGAUCCAGCAGCUAAUGAGGAACCCGGACGUUAUAUCUGUGGGGAACCGAGCAGGACUUAUUGAUGACGUCUUCAACCUGGCCAGAGCGGGGUACCUGCCCCAGAACAUCCCCCUGGAGAUGAUCUGCUACCUGCCCCAGGAGAAGGAGUUCUUGCCCUGGCACGCUGCCAGCCGCUCCCUCUAUCAGCUGGACAAGCUGCUGGACCGCACCGAGGAGUACAGCGUGUUUAGUGAUUAUGUGCUGAGGCAAGUGGCGUCCAUGUACCACAGGCUGGGGUGGCCUACCAGCUCCCCCAACAACUCAAUCAUGCAGGCUGCCUAUCAGACUGAGGAGAUGCAGAGAGAAGUCAUCAUGUUGGCCUGCAGCUUCGGCAACAAGCACUGUCACCGGCAAGCAGUGUCUCUCAUCUCUGAUUGGAUAUCCAGCAAUAAAAACAGGAUCCCUCCCAACGUGCGGGACAUCGUCUACUGCACGGGCGUGUCCCUGAUGGAUGAGGACGUGUGGGAGUUCAUCUGGAUGAAGUUUCACUCCACCGUCGCCAUCUCAGAGAAGAAGGUGCUCCUGGAGGCCCUGACCUGCAGCGACAACGCCUUCCUGCUGAACCGGCUCCUGAAUCUGUCUCUGAGCUCGGACCUGGUUCCGGAUCAGGACGUGAUCGACGUCAUCAUCCACGUGGGCCGGAACCCUCUGGGGAGGCACCUGGCCUGGAGGUACUUCAGGGAGAAGUGGGAGGUCCUAAAUUCCAGAUAUGGAGAGGCCUUAUUUAUGAAUUCCAAAUUAAUCAAUGGAGUGACUGAGUUUCUAAAUACAGCGUCAGAACUCAAUGAGCUGAAGGAGUUCAUCCGGAGCAACGGUGGGGGGGCGGGGCCGGCCUUCUCCCGGGCGGUGGAGAUCGUGGAGACCAGCGUCCGGUGGCACAGCCUCUACCAGCAGCGCUUUUUCCAGUGGCUACGGAAAUCCCCCAACGGUUAGCGCGCGGUCGCCACGGAAACCGCGCGGUCGCCACGGAUACCGGCUUCACCGUGCGGACGCUGGCUUAACUGGGCGGGCACCGGCCUCACCGCGAACGCGUUCGGAACUGUUGCGCUCCAGAUAAAAAGAACUACAAAAAAUUUAAAAGCAUUUCUGAAGAUGACGGAGUUGUAAAUGGUGACCUGGUUCUGUCGUUCUGCACCAUAAAGUCUGUGUUGGAUAAAAAGGUGACAAUUGUAAAAAAGAAAAAGUUAAUAAUAAAUAAUAAUAAUUAAAAUAAUAAGUACAUUUUGCAAAAAGGGCGGAGCCUUUCUGGGCAGUUGGCUGUGGUCUCGUGUAAAUGGGACUUAAAAAUGGAACUGAGAACAUUGCAUGGUGUUGUUCAUCUCCUGCCGACAUUUUUUUCUGUCUUUUUUUCUUGUGCAUGGUUGUUCACCCCAUUCAGCCUGGUGACCUUUGAUGGUUCUGUCCAAAGUGGGCCCCCUUCCAUAAGCAACAAGAGACGACCAAGUAGUGAGACAUAGUGCUAGAAGGCCGGGCAACUUUAUGCAACCGUACCAAGCACAAGAGACCGGCGUGACAAUCAGCCAUUUUGUUUUUUCUUUUUGUUCUUGUUUUUUUUUUCUCUGAAUUUUCAAGACACGACGUGAGAAACUGCCUUCAUCAGGGGAAUCCUUAAAACAGCCGCUCGAUAUAAAAGCCAUACAGAGAUGGAGCUAUGAGGGAUGCAGUUGAGAGCGCUCACAGUAACAUGUUACAUGUCUUAAAAUGGCCUGUUAUCGUUACCUGACCCCCCCCCCCUCCCCCCCCCAGUAGAGACACGCUAGUGAUGUUAGCUGAACAGGAUGGGGUGGUGGGACGGUGCCAUAUAGGGUCUACUGCGGGAGGAUUUUAAACUUGAGCGGAGGCUAAGAGUGCUAGUGGGAGCUGGGUGACUCUUUGGCCCCGAAAAAUACCCUGCGUAACACAAAUGACCGUCCCGAGCUGACACACUGCAAACGCACUGCAAACGCACUGCAAACGCACUGCAAACGCACACCCCAGUUGUACAUACUCAGCGUGCGUUCUCAUGUCCCUGUGGAGGUCAUAAACCCGCGUCCUCAAGGGGGGCGAUCCAGGACAGUUAUGAAAAGACUGAGCGAAAUAAAGUGCAAAUGGAAGAAGACGGCUUCAUCCUAUCAUUGCCUGCCAUAGCGCCCCCUUGCUGCGAUGCUUGACACUGCAGCUUGCGUUGCGUUAAGAAUUUCAGGUGAUUCAUUUUAGAAAGCAGUGAAAUCGGGUUGGGUUGUCUUUGGAUGCACUGUAGAUGUUCAAGAGGAAGUCCAGUGUGGUUUAUAGAUAUGUGCGGUGGUAUACAUGUGUGUGUGUGUGUGUGUGUGUGUGUUGAUUCGCUGGUUCUUAGAGGCAGCCUGACAGGUACCAGCGAGUGUGGAGUAACCCGGUGUGGAAAUAUUGUUGACUCUCGUUUGUUUAGUGAUUCCCUCCAAAUUUGUUACUCUUUCACCUGGAGACCAUAUUGGAAAAAAGGGGUUUCCAGUAUGUCAACAAUUACUGCAGAACUACCAGAGUUCCGUUGUAAACCAGCCUCUCCUAUAGGGCAUAAACAGAUGUGUCACUACAGAUUUUACACUUAGGCACUUAGAGUGCUUUUUCGUGAAUGAAACCCAGUGAAGUGUUUAAUUGAACAUACCGAGCCUUUUGAUCUCUUUUGAGGGGCCGUGUGUGUUUUUAGGACACACAACUGAACACUUUUUUUUUGGUUUUUCAUUUUUUAUACUUAUGAAAAUAAUUGGAAGCUAUAAUUAGAUGUACAGUACAUGUAAAUAAUUGGAUGAGUUUUUUUUUCUUCUUUUCUUUAUCAAUUCAGAGAACAGCUGUAAGUGCCCUUUAACAGUAGUUGGCUUAAUAAUGUGUGUUACCGAGGAGCUCUUUGACCAUAUUCUUACAGUCAAGUGAGCACUUUUAUAUUCUAAACUGAUCCAUAUUUCAUUAAGACGCGAACGUGUUUCCUUUCCGUUCCAUUUCAAAUUGUGUUGACACGACGGCUUUUUCUUUUUUGUAAAUGAGAGAGAUGAUAUCUUCUGUUUUAUAAAGCAGAGCAUCUGUGGAAUUUUAACCGGCAUAAUAAAUUCUUUUGUACAGCGAUG